AUGGAUUUUAAUGUCUGGAAUGUCAAAGAUACGCUCAGUCAUCCCUCAGGCUCUGGGGCCAUUAUUAAGUCAUCUAACUGGAAUAAUAAUCAGACUGAUUAUUCCAGUCUCAGUGACUCCCAGUUCCUCUUUGGAUCUCAAUUUUGUCCAGAAAGUUCAGAGACCUUAUCAGCACCAUUGGACAUUGGUACCCACCUAAGACAUCCAAAACAGUCACAACAGAAUUCUCUGGAUAGUGAACCUAGUAUAUUCACAAAGUACCAGACAAAACCCCAGCUAUUUGGAGGAGAUACAAAGGAAGGAGGCUUAUUUCCUCUUCCUUUGCCAGUUGGAAAAUCAAAGGGCCUCUUGGAACAAUUUGAAGAGAAAAAAAAAAGGGCAAAAGACAAAUAUGAUAGUGAGACUCUGUGCAACUUUAUUUCCCAUGUCAGAGAAAGUAUUCACAGGCUGCAGACAUCUGUAGAAAAAUCUGAAGAACAUCUCAGUUCACGAAGUCAAUCUAUUUUGGAUUCUUUGAAGACUGAGGCCAAGACAUUGCAAGAGACUGUGCAUGCCCGGAGUGACCUGGUACUUGAAGUUGUGCAGGACAAAGGCAGCAUGGAGCAGAUCAUCCUCGAGAUGCAAAAGACAUUUGAAGCUAGACAAGGAGAGUUUGUAGAAAUGAAGUCUAACCUGAAACACCUUGAAGCCUUAGUUGCCCAGCAGAGCCAGGACUUCCAGCAGCUGUGUGAGCAGCUAGGCCAGUUGAAUGCAUCCAGUGUCCUAGCAGAUCUGAAGAAAUUUCUCUCGGUGUCUCAGGUUCAUGAGCAUGUAAAAGACAGCACUUCCCAGACUUCACCAGCUCUAGCCCAGAACCUCAGUUUCACCAUACAGGAAGAAUCAGUCUCUAAGGAACCAGGUGUGUGGCAGGCUCAGCCCCUCCCUGUUACAUGGAAUGGCAGGGUGGGCUCCCUGAGGCCCAGACAAUUUAGUGAGUGGGGUGAGAGAGCAAAGAGUGAUGCCCUCCAGAAAGAGUCCAUGCUGUCAGCAGUUGGGCCCAGUAAAGAAAGCAAGCAUGUACAAGAUAAGGAGGUACAGACUAACUGUGAGCACUGUGAUAUUACUAACCAUGGCUCCAGCAUCCUAGGCCACAAGGGUCCUGGCUAUAGGGACCUGGUCUGUCAGGGAGCCUCACUCAUAUCCUUAGGUUUAAGCAACUGUGCAGCCAGCAUUAAGAAUUCCUGCCAAGAAUAUCAAGGCAAAGAUGUGUUUUCAUGUGAUCCAUGUGAACAAAGUUUGGUAACUGAACCAAAAGGCAAGAUUGUAGGAAGAGGGAAAAAAGGCAAGAAGCAGCAGCCUAGGAAAGCCAACAGAGGCAGGCUUCUUACCAGGAAGCGAGAACAAACCCCCAGCAAGACCUAUGCUGUCAAUCCUAAAACCCAGGCCCCUCUGUCUCCAAUUUCUGGCUCACACAAAGCCACUCUGGAGCAGCAAAAAUCCCAUCAGCAACCUCUGCAUCUGCAGGCUUCCAGGAGCCCCACAAAACCAAUCUGCUCUACUCUGGGAGGGCCCAGUAAAACAGCAAGGGCAGGGCAGGGAAGACUCUUGAGGCUUGUUAGGCAACCUUCCCAAAACAGCAGGCUGCUUUCUAGCAGCUCUCAGGGGGACCACCAGAUGAGCUGGUUCAGCAACCUCAACCUUGAAAGUUCAGAGUCCCCUGUGUACAAGGAGACAAGGAAGACUGUACUCUAUGACUUGGCUUUUGAUAGCAGUGAUAAUGACUUCUGA